AUGGGCAUCGAUUCGGAGAUGAACGGUUUUUCCUGUAGCUUACCUCCAUUUAACGGGAAGCUUGAAGGGAAUGGGAAGCAAACCACUCGACGCCUCCCAGUUACGCUGCUUUCUGGGUUCCUGGGUAGUGGAAAGACUACUUUGCUCGAACAUAUUCUCAAGUCACCGGAUCAUGGCCUUAGGGUCGCAGUCAUUGUCAAUGACAUGAGCAAACUCAAUAUAGAUGCUGCUCUUAUAACGCAUCACAAAGUAUCUCAGACGAAAGAGAAGCUCAUCCAGCUCCAGAAUGGAUGUAUCUGUUGCACUCUCCGUGGCGACUUGCUCUCGGAGCUUGCAAGCUUGACCAGGCAGAACGAGGUUGAAUACGUCGUCAUCGAGAGUACUGGAAUUAGUGAACCGAUGCAGGUCGCAGAGACUUUCACUGCAGAAUUCAGCGCUGCAAUGCUUGAAGCCGAGGAUCAAAUUAUUGAUACCGAUGAAGAUAGCAAGAAGAUUCUGGCCGAGAUCGUGGAGUUAGGAGGCCUUCACACUUUAGCAAGCCUUGAUACUACCGUAACGGUUAUUGAUGCAUUCAACCUGCUAUCAAACUUCGACACGACCGAGUUUCUUUCUGAUCGCUAUGGUGCCAAGGAGAUUGUGCCAGAAGAUGAACGCACCAUCUCUGACCUCAUGGUGGAUCAGAUCGAGUUCGCUGACGUAGUGGUCAUUAACAAGGUAGAGACUGUUAAUCAAGAUACCCGUUGUCGGAUUAAACAACUUGUGAACUUGUUGAACCCCGAGGCAAAAGUCUUGGAAGCCAGCUACUCAAAAGUUGACGUACGAGAAAUCAUUGGCACUGGAAAGUUCAAUUUCCUCAAGGCAGCCGCCGGGUCAGGGUGGCUACGAAGCCUCCAUGAGAUGACAGUUAUGAAUACUGCUAACGGGCAGAGAGUAGCCCCGAAACCUGAGUCCCUAGAGUAUGGGAUCAACAAUUUUGUGUAUACUGCAAGGCGGCCCUUCCACCCUCGUCACCUCUUUGCUCUUCUUCAUGAUAAAUUCAUCCUUCUCCAACAUAGCGAAGAAGGAGACGAAGAAGAUGACGAGGCGGAAGAUGAAGGCGAAGGUAAAGAUGAUGACAAAAUGGAAGUGGAUGAUGGCGACGAUGAAGAUUGGGAGAAGCAGAGUGUGAGUGGUUUCGAACAGCCUGACCCCGCUGUUAUACUUGCAAAUAAGCGUGCACACGUCUUCGGGCCUGUGCUCCGUUCCAAGGGAUUCUUUUGGCUCGCAACUCGACCACUUCAGUUCGGAGAAUGGAGCCAAGCUGGAGGAAUGUUAACGGUAAGCUGUGGUGGUCCUUGGUUUGCUGAAGUACCUGAUGAUGCCUGGCCAGAGGAUAGAGAGGUCCGUCAAUCUAUUGAAAAUGACUUUCAGGGCCUGUGGGGUGACAGACGACAGGAGCUGGUGUUCAUCGGAGAAGGAAUUGGCACAGAGAAGAUUACUGCUCUCCUAGACGAAUGUUUGCUAGAUGACAAGGAGAUGGCCAGGUGGGAGAAGGUAAUGGGGAACAAAGGAUUGUCGAGGGAAGAGAAAGCAGAUUUAUUAGCAGGGAUGUGGGAAGAUGGCUGGGAAGAGUGGCCUCCAUUUGAAAUUGAGGGUGAGGGGGAAGACGAGGACGUCGAAGAGAAGGGAAAAGAAGGGAAAGCGAAACGCUAUGCAAGUGAUUACUUGGGCCCUGCUAAGAAUGAUCAUAGUGGACGUAAGCACCACCAUCAUCACCAUAAAAGGGAUGGUGGUGUGCUCAAAAAGAGUGCGAUGGUCGCCUAA